GUGAGCGGCGACACCGCGGCGGCCCCGGCCCCGAUGAGGAGCGGCCGCCAUGCAGCCGCCGCCGCAGCCCUACGAGUUCCUGGGCGAGGAGAACGGCCCGAAAUGGCGCGGCCUCUUCGUGCCCGCCCUGCGCAAGGUCCAGCAGCAGGUUCACCCCAACCUCUCAGCAAAGGAAGAUUCCCUCUAUUACAUUGAGGAGCUGAUCCUGCAGCUGCUGAACAAACUGUGCAUCGCCCAGCCACGGACUGUGCAGGAUGUGGAGGAGCGGGUUCAGAAGACGUUUCCUCACCCCAUAGACAAGUGGGCGAUCGCCGAUGCUCAGUCGGCCAUCGAGAAACGGAAAAGGAGGAACCCUCUCCUGCUCCCCGUGGACAAAAUCCAUCCUUUGCUGAAGGAGGUCUUGGGCUACAAGGUGGAUUACCAUGUCUCUCUCUAUAUCGUGGCUGUCUUGGAAUACAUCUCAGCUGACAUUUUAAAGCUGGCUGGAAAUUAUGUUUUCAAUAUCCGACACUUUGAGAUCUCCCAGCAGGACAUUAAAGUAUCGAUGUGUGCUGAUAAGGUUUUAAUGGAUAUGUUUGAUCAGGAUGAGAUUGGCUUGGUUUCUCUGUGUGAGGACGAGCCCUCUUCUUCUGGGGAGCUCAACUACUACGACCUGGUGAGGAAUGAGAUUGCAGAAGAGAGGCAGUACCUGAGGGAGCUGAACCUGAUCAUCAAAGUAUUCCGGGAAGCUUUUCUGUCCAACAGGAGGCUCUUCACACCUCACGACAUUGAUGUGAUAUUCAGCAACAUUUCAGACAUCCACGAGCUGACAGUGAAGCUUUUGGGAUUGAUUGAGGACACUGUGGAGAUGACAGAUGAAAGCAGCCCUCACCCUCUGGCUGGCAGCUGCUUUGAGGACCUUGCAGAGGAGCAAGCCUUUGAUCCGUAUGAAACCUUGUCCCAGGAUAUUCUCUCUCCACGAUUUCAGGAGCAUUUCAAUAACCUAAUGGCCAAACCUGCCGUGGCUCUCCACUUCCAGUCCACAGCUGAAGGAUUUAAGGAAGCUGUCCAGUAUGUCCUGCCUCGCCUCAUGCUGAUCCCAGUCUAUCACUGCUUGCACUACUUUGACUUGCUGCAGCAAUUGCAGGAGUGCAGUGAGGAUGAAGAGGACAGGGAGUGCCUGAAGCAGGCCAUCACAGCCCUCCUGAACCUGCAGUGCAGCAUGGAGCGCAUUUACAGCAAGCACUCCCCGCGGCGCCGGCCUGGGGAGCCGGUGUGUCGCUUCUAUCACCGGCAGCUCCGAAGCAAACACUUGGCCAUCAAGAAAAUGAACGAAAUCCAGAAGAACAUCGACGGCUGGGAAGGCAAAGACAUCGGCCAGUGCUGCAACGAGUUCAUCAUGGAAGGGGGCCUGACGAAAAUCGGCGCCAAACACGAGCGCCACAUCUUCCUCUUCGACGGCUUGAUGAUCAGCUGCAAACCCAACCACGGGCAGUCGCGGCUGCCCGGCUACAGCAGCGCCGAGUACCGGCUCAAGGAGAAGAUCGUCAUGAGGAAGGCGCAGGUGCUGGACAGGGAGGACACGGCGGAGUACCGGCACGCCUUCGAGCUGGUGUCCAAGGACGACAACGGCGUCGUGUUCGCCGCCAAGUCGGCCGAGGAGAAGAGCACGUGGAUGGCGGCGCUGAUCUCGCUGCAGUACCGCAGCACCCUGGACAGGAUGCUGGACUCGGUGCUGCUGCAGGAGGAGAACGAGCAGCCCCUGAGGCUGCCCAGCGCCAGCGUUUAUCGGUUCGUGGUGGAGGACUCGGAGGACAACAUCGUUUUUGAGGAGAGCUUGCAGAGCAGGAACGGCAUUCCCAUCAUCAAAGGGGGCACGGUGGUGAAACUCAUCGAGAGGCUGACCUACCACAUGUAUGCAGAUCCUAAUUUUGUUCGGACUUUCCUGACCACCUACCGCUCCUUUUGCAAGCCCCAGGAGCUGCUGAGUUUGCUGAUAGAAAGGUUUGAGAUCCCUGAGCCCGAGCCCACGGAGGCAGACAGGCUGGCCAUCGAGAAGGGCGAGCAGCCCAUCAGCGCCGACCUGAAGCGCUUCCGCAAGGAAUACGUGCAGCCCGUGCAGCUCAGAAUAUUGAAUGUUUUCCGCCACUGGGUCGAGCACCACUUUUAUGAUUUUGAGAGGGAUCUGGAGCUGCUGGAGAGGCUGGAGACCUUCAUUUCCAGUGUCAGAGGAAAAUCCAUGAAGAAGUGGGUGGAGUCCAUUGCUAAAAUCAUCAAGAGGAAGAAAGCCCAGGCAGACGGGGUCAGCCACAACAUCACCUUCGAGAGCCCCCCGCCGCCGCUGGAGUGGCACCUGUGGCGCGUGGGGCACAGCGAGGCGCUGGAGCUGAUGACCCUGCACCCCAUCGAGAUCGCCCGGCAGCUCACCCUGCUCGAGUCCGACCUGUACAGGGCUGUGCAGCCUUCUGAACUCGUCGGCAGCGUGUGGACGAAGGAAGAUAAGGAAAUUAACUCCCCAAAUCUCUUGAAAAUGAUUCGUCACACUACAAACCUCACUCUGUGGUUUGAAAAGUGCAUCGUGGAAACGGAGAACUUUGAGGAGCGAGUGGCUGUGCUGAGCAGGAUCAUCGAAAUCCUGCAGGUUUUCCAAGACCUCAAUAAUUUCAAUGGUGUUCUGGAGAUUGUCAGUGCUGUGAACUCUGUCUCAGUCUACAGGCUGGAUCACACAUUCGAGGCACUCCAGGAAAGGAAAAAAAGAGUUUUGGAUGAAGCAGUAGAAUUAAGCCAAGAUCAUUUUAAGAAGUAUUUAGCUAAGCUCAAGUCAAUCAACCCCCCCUGCGUGCCUUUUUUUGGAAUAUACCUAACAAAUAUCCUGAAGACAGAAGAAGGGAAUCCCGACUUCCUGAAAAGACAAGGGAAAGAAUUAAUUAACUUCAGUAAGAGGAGAAAAGUGGCUGAAAUUACAGGAGAAAUUCAGCAGUAUCAAAACCAACCCUACUGCUUACGGAUUGAGCCAGAAAUCCGGAAAUUCUUUGAAAAUCUCAAUCCCAUGGGGAAGAUACCAGAAAAAGAGUUUACAGAUUAUCUGUUCAACAAGUCCUUAGAGAUUGAACCUCGGAACUGCAAGCAGCCGCCUCGAUUUGAGUCCAGUCAGCUGGGCAGGAAUUCUUCACAGCUCAUGAUUUCCAAAGAGAGAAUCUUACUGGAAUUUCAGGAAAAUCCAGUUGUGGGUGCUGUAAUGUGCUGGGCACCGCUGAAAGCUGGGGACAUAAUUCACUUUGCAAGGCUCAGCUUUGAUCUGUGCUGGAUUACGCCCGAGCCUAACCAGGCUGGGUUUGUCCACACAGUGACCUGGGUGUAGGAAUUUAAUCCUGGAUAAACUGGAGGGUCUGGACAGCAUUUUCCAAGUGUGUCCCUGAUCCUGGGUGUGUGGAGGGGCACGGUGACCCUCUGUGGUUUUGCUGUUUCUGGGGUGUUGCUCUGG